CGUUGGCUCAGGUCCAUUCGUGCCAGGCUGCCAGCUAGAGAGAAUAUGUUGACAAUGCAUGUACUACGAUUUUUUUUGGUUCACAAACCAUGCGAACAACACGCGGUAUGAGUAUGACCGUAUGAGGCACCCAGCAGCUUCCACCAGUCCGCCGGUGGACACCAAUCGUACAAUCAAUCAACAGAGUCUAGACGGAUCCCGUAGAUUUCUGCUGCCCAUGGGUCCUGGUCCUCAGAUCCUCAUCACAUUCACCACGAUCUCGACGUUGCACUCGCUCGAGUCACACACCUGACGGCUACGCUCGAUAGCGAUCUAGCUCGCUGCACAGGCGCCGGCGCAUGGCGCCUCACGGCCCGGACGGCGAGACGGCGCCCGAGUGGCGCGGCACCGUGCGCGCCGCGGCGGCGGGGCCGAACCCCGACCAGGCGUGGGCCCUGCUGCGAGACUUCUGCUCCCUCGACAAGUGGGUGCCGCUGGUGCACACGUGCCGGAGGCUGGAAGGCGACGACGGCCGGCCGGGGUGCGUCCGGUACUGCGCGGGGCCGGUGAACAUGGCCGCGCCGGGGGAGGCGGUCGGCUGGUCCAGGGAACGGCUCCUGGAGGUCGACGCCGCGGGGAGGUCCUACAGCUACGAGGUGGUGGAGACCAACAAGGGGUUCGGCCGGUACCGGGCGACCAUCGCCGUGGAGCCCGACCCGGCCGGGUGCGCGGUCAGGUGGUCGUUCGAGGCCGAUCCGGUGAAGGGGUGGACGCUGGGAGGCUUCCUGGGUUUCCUGGAGAAGCUCGCGCAUGGCGUCGCCAAGCGGCUCGAAGAGGAGAUCGUGGUGAGCGUCGACGGUGAUCCUGCUUUGCGGGUGUUUUGAUCAUGUCUUCGGCUUUUCCGUGACAGUGUGUACGAUCAGAACUCCAAGCCUUUGUGAUUCAAAGCAAUUCAAUGGAAAUUUGGAGAACUCGACUUGGAAAA